CGCNCCGCCGCAGUCACAGACACGCCGCUGCUAUGACUUCUCCCGCCGUGUGAGAUUGGAGCCUCGGCGCGUGGAUUUGUCGCUGUUACGGGCUACGUAGCUCCCGAGGUUUAACCAGAGGAGAAAAACCAGGAAUGUAAAGAAGAAAUCAAAAUGGAUCCAAGCAUGGGUGUGAAUUCUGUCACCAUCUCUGUUGAGGGGAUGACGUGUAGUUCCUGUGUUUGGACCAUUGAACAGCAGAUUGGAAAACUGAAUGGUGUACAUCACAUUAAAGUUUCACUGGAAGAAAAAACUGCAACUAUUAUUUAUGACCCUAAACUACAGACUCCUAAGACCCUAAAGGAAGCUAUUGAUGACAUGGGCUUUGAUGCUAUUCUCCACAAUCCUAACCCUCUCCCUGUUUUAACUGACACUGUGUUUCUGAGUGUCAUUGCUUCACUGACUCCGCCAUGGGACCAUAUCCAAAGUACAUUGCUCAAGACCAAGGGUGUCACAGAUAUUAAAAUUUCCCCUCAGCAAAGAACUGCAGUGGUGACAAUAAUCCCUUCUUUAGUGAAUGCCAAUCAGAUAAUAGAGCUGGUUCCAGAUCUCAGUUUAGAUACUGGAGGUCUGGAGAAAAAGUCAGGAACUUGUGAAGAUUACAGUACAACUCAAGCAGGUGAAGUCAUGCUGAAGAUGAAAGUGGAAGGGAUGACCUGCCAUUCAUGCACUAGCACCAUUGAAGGAAAAAUAGGGAAACUGCAAGGUGUCCAGCGAAUUAAAGUCUCCCUGGACAACCAAGAAGCUACUAUUGUUUAUCAACCUCAUCUUAUCACAACAGAGGAAAUAAAAAAGCAGAUUGAAGCUGUGGGCUUUCCAGCAUUCAUCAAAAAACAGCCCAAGUACCUCAGCUUGGGAAGUAUUGAUAUAGAACGUCUAAAAAACACACCAGUCAAAUCUUCAGAGGGAUCACAGCAAAGGAGUCCAUCAUGUACCAAUGACUCCACAGUUACUUUCAUCAUAGAUGGCAUGCAUUGUAAAUCAUGUAUGUCAAAUAUUGAAAAUGCUUUAUCUACACUCCAAUAUGUAAGCAGCGUAGUAGUUUCUUUAGAGAAUAGAUCUGCUGUAGUAAAGUACAAUGCAAGCUUAGUCACUCCAGAAACCUUGAAAAAAGCAAUAGAGGCCAUAUCACCAGGACAAUAUAGAGUUAGUAUUUCAAGUAGAGUUGAGAGUACUUCAAACUCCCCCUCCAGCUCAUCUCUUCAAAAGAUUCCUUUGAACAUAGGAAUGGGCCAGCCUCUGACCCAAGAAACCGUGAUAAACAUUGAUGGCAUGACUUGUAAUUCUUGUGUGCAGUCUAUUGAGGGUGUCAUAUCAAAAAAGGCAGGUGUAAAAUCCAUACUAGUAUCCCUUGCGAAUGCCAAUGGAACUGUUGAAUAUGAUCCUCUACUAACCUCUCCGGAAACUUUGAGAAAAGCAAUAGAAGACAUGGGAUUUGAUGCUACCUUGCCAGGUACAAAUGAGCCAUUGGUAGUAAUAGCUCAGCCCUCAUCAGAAAUGCCACACUUGACCUCAGCUAAUGAAUUUUAUGUGAAAAUGAUGACACCAGUUCACAACAAGGAGGAGGCAAAGACUUCAUCUAAGUGUUACAUACAGGUCACCGGUAUGACUUGUGCUUCCUGUGUAGCAAACAUUGAACGGAAUUUAAGACGAGAAGAAGGAAUAUAUUCUGUACUUGUGGCUCUGAUGGCUGGCAAAGCAGAAGUAAGAUAUAAUCCUGCUGUUAUACAACCCCCAAUGAUAGCCGAGUUUAUCCGAGAGCUUGGAUUUGGCGCCACUGUGAUAGAAAAUGCUGAUGAAGGGGAUGGAGUUUUGGAACUUAUUGUGAGAGGAAUGACCUGUGCCUCCUGUGUACAUAAAAUAGAGUCUACCCUCACAAAGCACAGAGGUAUUUUCUACUGCUCUGUGGCCCUGGCAACCAACAAAGCACAUGUUAAAUAUGAUCCAGAAAUUAUUGGUCCCAGAGAUAUUAUCCAUACAAUUGAAAGCUUAGGUUUUGAGGCUUCUUUGGUCAAGAAGGAUCGGUCAGCAAGCCACCUAGACCACAAACGAGAAAUAAGACAAUGGAGACGGUCCUUCCUCGUGAGCCUCUUUUUCUGUAUUCCUGUAAUGGGACUGAUGAUAUAUAUGAUGGUUAUGGACCACCACCUUGCAACUCUUCACCAUAGGCAGAACAUGAGUCAAGAAGAAAUGGUCAACAUUCAUUCUUCUAUGUUCCUAGAGCGCCAGAUCCUGCCAGGAUUGUCCGUUAUGAAUUUGCUAUCCUUUUUAUUUUGCGUACCAGUACAGUUUUUUGGAGGCUGGUACUUCUACAUUCAGGCCUACAAAGCACUGAAGCAUAAAACUGCGAAUAUGGACGUACUGAUUGUGCUGGCCACCACCAUUGCAUUUGCUUACUCUUUGGUUAUUCUUCUGGUCGCAAUGUAUGAGAGAGCCAGAGUGAACCCUAUUACUUUCUUUGACACACCUCCUAUGCUAUUUGUGUUUAUUGCACUAGGCCGGUGGCUGGAGCAUAUAGCAAAGGGCAAAACGUCAGAGGCUCUUGCCAAGCUAAUUUCACUACAAGCUACAGAAGCAACUAUUGUAACUCUUGAUUCUGAUAAUAUCCUCUUGAGUGAAGAACAAGUGGAUGUGGAACUUGUGCAGCGUGGAGACAUCAUUAAAGUAGUUCCAGGAGGCAAAUUUCCGGUGGAUGGUCGUGUUAUUGAAGGACAUUCUAUGGUAGAUGAGUCCCUCAUCACAGGGGAGGCAAUGCCUGUGGCUAAGAAAUAUGGCAGCACAGUGAUUGCUGGGUCCAUUAACCAGAAUGGGUCACUACUCAUCCGUGCAACCCAUGUUGGAGCAGACACAACCCUUUCUCAAAUUGUCAAACUUGUGGAAGAGGCACAAACAUCAAAGGCUCCUAUCCAGCAAUUUGCAGACAAACUCAGUGGCUACUUUGUUCCUUUUAUUGUUAUUAUUUCCAUUGUUACCCUCUUGGUUUGGAUUAUAAUUGGAUUUCUGAAUUUCCAAGUUGUGAAAACCUACUUUCCUGGCUACAGCAGAAGUAUCUCCCAAACAGAAACGAUAAUACGCUUUGCUUUCCAAGCCUCUAUCACAGUUCUGUGCAUUGCAUGUCCCUGUUCACUGGGUCUGGCGACUCCAACUGCUGUGAUGGUGGGUACAGGAGUAGGCGCUCAAAAUGGCAUACUAAUCAAAGGUGGCGAGCCAUUGGAGAUGGCUCAUAAGGUAAAGGUAGUGGUAUUUGAUAAGACUGGAACCAUUACCCAUGGAACCCCAGUAGUGAGUCAAGUAAAGAUUCUAGUGGAAAGUAACAGAAUGUCACGCAAUAAGAUCCUGGCCAUUGUGGGAACUGCUGAAAGUAACAGUGAACACCCUCUAGGAGCAGCUGUAACCAAAUACUGCAAGCAGGAGCUGGACACUGAAACCUUGGGUACUUGCAUAGAUUUCCAGGUUGUGCCAGGCUGUGGUAUUAGCUGUAAAGUCACCAAUAUUGAAGGCUUAUUACAUAAGAAUAACUGGAAGAUAGAGGAAGAUAAUAUUAAAAAUGCGUCCCUGGUUCAGAUUGAUGCCAGUAAUGAACAGUCAUCAACUUCCAUGAUUAUUGAUGCCCGGCUCUCAAAUGCUUUUUUAUACUCAGAUGCUCUUAAUGCUCAGCAGUACAAAGUCCUCAUUGGUAACCGGGAGUGGAUGACUAGAAAUGGUCUUGUCAUUAAUAAUGAUAUACAUGAUUCCAUGACUGAACAUGAGAGAAAAGGUCGUACUGCUGUAUUGGUGGCAGUUGAUGAUGUGCUGUGUGGCUUGAUAGCUAUUGCCGAUACAGUGAAGCCUGAAGCAGAAUUGGCUGUCCAUAUUCUGAAAGCUAUGGGCUUAGAAGUAGUUCUGAUGACUGGAGACAACAGUAAAACAGCUAGAUCUAUUGCUUCUCAGGUUGGCAUUACUAAGGUGUUCGCUGAAGUUCUACCUUCCCACAAGGUUGCUAAGGUGAAGCAACUUCAAGAGGAGGGGAAACGGGUAGCAAUGGUAGGAGAUGGAAUCAAUGACUCCCCAGCUCUGGCAAUGGCCAAUGUUGGAAUUGCUAUUGGCACAGGCACAGAUGUAGCCAUUGAAGCAGCUGAUGUGGUUUUGAUAAGGAAUGAUCUUCUGGAUGUAGUGGCAAGUAUUGAUUUAUCAAGGAAGACAGUCAAGAGAAUUCGGAUAAAUUUUGUCUUCGCUCUAAUUUAUAAUCUGGUUGGAAUUCCCAUAGCUGCUGGAGUGUUUAUGCCCAUUGGUUUGGCUUUGCAGCCUUGGAUGGGAUCUGCUGCAAUGGCUGCUUCAUCUGUUUCAGUAGUACUUUCCUCUCUCUUCCUUAAACUUUAUAGGAAACCAACUUAUGAGAAUUACGAACUGCAUUCCCGAAGCCAGAUGGGACAGAAAAGUCCUUCAGAAAUCAGCGUUCAUGUCGGAAUAGAUGACACCUCAAGAAGUUCUCCUAAACUGGGUUUGCUGGACCGGAUUGUUAAUUACAGCAGAGCCUCCAUAAACUCACUACUGUCUGAUAAACGGUCCCUAAAUAGCGUUGGUAUCAGUGAACCUGACAAGCACUCACUCCUGGUGGGGGACUGUAGGGAAGAUGAGGACACUACAGUGUAACAGGCCACACAGAGCGCUUCGAGCUCGUGUUGUUAUGCACUGACGCCGCAUUCAUGAUGUCACCUUAGCUUUUCAAACUAUUGUGGAAGGAUUUUGUGUAGGUGUCCUGCUCUUAUAUUAGGGAUUCUAUUUGAAUUGCAUUUUUCUAAUGGCAAAAAUAAAGUUUUCAAGACAUCAGCUCUGAACCCAGCGUUAUUUAAAAUGAAUUUUCAGUAUUUUUUGUUUUCACUAGCAACAGAUCAAGUAGGCGGGUGAGGUUUACAGCAGGCCCUGCAAUUGAAGAUUGCCAAGCUGCUGCUACAGUGAUACACGAUUUUUUUAUUUGACAAAAACAAACAAACAAACAAAAAACCUCAAGAAAAGGAUAAUUAAAAAUUUGAAGAUUUGAGAGCAUGACCUUAAGGAGGUUCUUCAGCCUUCAUCCCUGCCAGAUUGGGAAACAGUGGCUUUCAGAGCAGUGUGUGAAGCAUCUAGGUUUAGAAGGAAAACAGUAGAAACUGUUUUAAAAUAGAUGUGCCUUCAGUACUACAGGCUUUCUUCCCCGCUUAGUCUCCCUGCCUCUUUGUCUUUGUAGUUGCUUUCUUAGAUGACCCAGUAUGUUUUCUUUUGUAUCUCCUUUUGAGUAAGCUAAGUGUAGGUGGUUUUUCAUUGAUAAAAAAUAACUGACAAUAUUUCUAAUAUCUUGUUCUUUUCUUUCCCUUGUAGUUCAAAAGACUUUAAAGGUCCAUAGCGUUCCCUGCUUCCCAUCUUUCCAUUGUUAUUAAAAGUAUAUCAGAUUCUUCCUUCAGUGACUCCCUCACUUGGUGCAAGCUUUCAAUUCACUUCCACUGAGUUUGGCUCUAGGCUGUUCUUUGUGUAGUCUGUCAGCCUCAGUCCAGAAACUUAAGAUUUGAUUUUUUCAAAGAUCAAAGAUUUUUCAAAGAUUUUUUUUUUUUUUUUUUACCAUCUUUAACAUAUACGGGUCAUAUAAAAUUACCUGGAUUCACUAAACUUGUCCUCUUAUGGACAGAAUAUAAGACCUUCGCUGGUAUAUAUAAUUUAACAGAUUUUAAUUGUCUUUUAGUGUUUUAGAUAACCACUCAAAAUGACUUUAAAAUAAUGCUAUUACACAAAACUGCUUUUACCAAAAAUACAAUAAAUUGUAAUGGAGAAAUGAGAAUUUCCCUAGGUGUGAUACCUUUCAGGCAAAUCUAUACUGUUCUCCAGUUUGAAACAUUUACACUUGCUAAUUAGUGUGAUUGGCAAAUUCAGAGGCUUGUUUUUAUUACUAUAUAAAUUUAGAAAUUUCCCCUGUGAAUGCCUGAGAGUUAAUACGUUGGCCAGAGAUCUGGCACUGUACUUGUAUCACUAUUUAAAUUUCCUUGUUAAUUGUAAGAUGGAUUUCAUAUGUAGAAUAUGUAAGUGAACUCGUAAAUUUCCAAUAUUUUGUUCUCAUUGCCAUAUGUAAAGCUGCUAGCACAGUGCCUAGCACAUAGGGUUUGUACUCAGUAAAUGUUAAUUUUUUUCUCCACGUGAGGUCAGUAAUAAAUAUUAAAAGUCAUUGUUAUAGGGCAGAGUCUGAAAUCAGGUGGUAGUGGGGGAUGGGUUUCUUCCUAGUCUACUUUCCCUCUUAUCUUUUCAUGCACACACAAAAAAAGUUUACAACAUUAUUCCAUGUUAUCUUUUCAGAUUUAGAAAAGAUCUCAUUUUUAUCUCAGCUAUUUUAAAGAGAGAACUGAAACUUGAUGAAGGUGCUAUUAAUCUAGAAAGGCAAACCCACUUUAAUGAAACAAGAAUGAGUUUGUAUGUCUAGGCUCUUAGACCAAUGCCUAUGCCAUCUUCCAUGCUACCAGUUUGAAUAUUAAUAUGUUUCUUAUUUUAAUUCCAGUGGCCCAUCAUACUAUAACUUGUUUCUUCCAGAAGAAACAGUUAAUAUGACAGGUGUAUAUUAGACUUUUGAAAAAAGAAGCAUCUCUCUCACUCACUCUCUGUCUCUUACUUUUUUCUUCUCUCUCUCUGAAGCACUUGCAGAUAGCCAGCUACUACUUUUAUUAUUAUGUAUAUGUUUGGGUAGUGUUCUUGCCCCACCUUGCAGGGGACCCACAUCAUAGGAUAGUGAGAAGAGCAGCCUAUAGUCUGGGAAAAAUCAAGGAUAUAAUUUCAGCCCUUACUACCAGAACACAACAUGCUGUUUAGAAAGAAUCUUGCUUUAAAUAUCUGUAGCCAUCUUUGAAUUCUCUACAAGUUUUGUGGGGAGUUUUUUUGCAAUCCUGAAUUCCCAUUAGCUUCAUAGAGCAGCUAUAUUGACAGGAGAGAGAGGUGAUUUAUGCAGUGGAUCAGAAACACUCCUUUCAAUUAGUAACUAGCAUUAAGUAACUGGUUACUAGUGAGAACAAAUUUUAUAAAUGGGUGUGUAUGUGUGUAUGUCUAUGCAUGUACAUAUAUAAAUACAUGUAUAUGUACACACACAUAUUACCAUAUAGAAGGAAAAUAGGUUGACAGUAGUCCCUCUUAUCCAUGGGAGAAUGUUCCAAGACCCCCAGUGGAUGCCUGAAACCUCGGAUACAACCAAACCCUAUGCAUGCUGUGCUUUUCCCUAUACAUACAUCCUUUUCACCUAAAGAAAGCAUUGUAUGGCUUCUCUCUGCAUAUCCAAAUUGCCAGCAUCGCUACUCUUGCACUUUGGGGCCGUCAUUAAGUAAAAUGAGGGUUACUUGAACACAAGCACUGUGAGACCAUGACAGUCAAUCUGAUAACUGAGACGGCUCCUGAGUGAGUAAUGGGUGGGGGGUGCAUACGGUGAGGACACGCUGGGCAGAGGGCUGAUUCCUGUUUCGGGUGGGACGGACCAGGACAGCGUGAGAUUACAUCACAAUACCCAGAAUUUAAAACUUAUGAAUUGUCUUUUUCUUGGAAUUUUCCAUUUAAGAUUUUUGGACCAUGGUUGACCGUGGAUAACUGAUGGGGCAGUGAAACCACAGAUAAGGAGGGACUACUGUACACUUGAAUUUAAUAUUUGGAGCUCUUUCUUUGUUAUUCCUUCAUCGCUCUUCUGUACUCACUCAGCAGCGUGCCCUCCGUGCAAGUUAGCAAGGGUGUUUUGAUUUCCAGUGCUGGUUUGGACUCAACUACGGGGCGCCUUUUAUCUUCAAUAUCCAAAGAUGCCUUUUGAAUUUCAAAGGUUAAAACAUAACUAAAGUAUUUAGUGUUGUAGUAUAAAGAAGUAUGGUUGUUAUUUGUGAAAAUAGAAAUGUUAUUUUUCCUGGUUUAGUAUCAACAUUUUAGAGUGUUAAAUUUGAUGUCUUGUGAACAAAUAAUUUUAUAUUGUGCUUUAACUUUUUAAAAGUUAUUCUUUUUUCAGGUGUAUUCUUUGUUCAGAAUGCUUAAAUAGGACUGUAGAUGGACAUUUCCAAAAAUUUAAGUGUACAUAUCUUUUAUGUACACAGCUUAAAAUCAAGAAUGUAUGUUCUUAGAGAAUUUUUCCAUUACUUGUGGAUCUUGCUUUAAAAUUAUUUUUCUUAGUAUUUAUUUUACUCCUGUUAUUUUUUGGGGGUGAGACAUCUGGCUAUUGGUUAUUUUAAUGAGAAUAAAAACAAUCCUGGAAUCACUCCCUUUGGAUUUUUUAUUUGUUUAGUUCUUUUCUAUAUUUAAAAUAUUAUUUUACCAAAUAUAAAAAUAUAUAGAUUCAUGCCAAAUUAUUAGCUACUUUUCCACUGGUUUUCUUAGUCCCUCCGGAAGUUUAUCUGGUAUGAGUAACCAGAUAAAGCACAUGAGCAAGGAUUCUUGUUCUUUGAUUAAAAGAGCUUCUGUAAUAGCAUCGAUAAUAAAUGCCUUUUGUAGCCAAAACCAGGUGUCUCAGCCUUACGUUUUUAGUUCAAGAAAUGUUUAAACAUUGUUAAACAUCGAUUGUUUGCUACCCAAACAGCAGUGGGUGAUGUUGUGCAAUAAUCAUCUACGAUAGUCAAGAUGUUUAGUAGUUUGUUUUUUCCAUAAGCAUGUAAUUGAUCUUAUUUUGAUCUGCCAAGGAUGUGCCUUCAACUUUAUAAUUAUAAUAUUGUAAAAAAAA